CCCUCUCCAAGUCUCCUCCCUCCCGUUCCCCAACUCUCCCCCUUCUCUCUUUGCUCUAUUCCAUUUCCACUCCCUCCAGAAUUCAAACCACCCGCCAAAAUCCCCGCGCUUCUUCGCAUCAAAACAAAGGAAGAGCAGCGAGUCUCCGAAGAGGAGGCCAGCGGAAGCAAUCGAAGGUAUCAGAGCCGAACGAAAGGGAGGGAGGAAGGAAGGAAGUGGAGAGGUGCGAUGGCGAAGGACGAGGACGAGUUCCGAAGCGAGGUCGAGGAGAGGCUGAUCAACGAGGAGUACAAGAUCUGGAAGAAGAACACGCCGUUCCUCUACGAUCUGGUGAUCACCCACGCGCUGGAGUGGCCCUCGCUCACUGUCCAGUGGCUCCCCGGUCGGGACGAGCCCCCCGGUAAGGACUACUCGGUGCAGAAGAUGAUCCUCGGGACUCACACCUCCGACAACGAACCCAACCAUCUGAUGCUCGCCCAGGUCCAGCUCCCCCUCGAGGACGCCGAGAACGACGCCCGCCAGUACGACGACGAGCACGGCGAGAUCGGUGGCUUCGGCUGCGCCAGUGGAAAGGUGCAAAUAAUUCAGCAGAUAAAUCAUGACGGAGAGGUCAACCGAGCUCGUUAUAUGCCUCAAAAUUCUUUUAUAAUUGCAACAAAGACUGUUAGCGCAGAGGUAUAUAUUUUUGAUUACAGCAAGCAUCCGUCAAAGCCUCCUAUAGAUGGUGUAUGCAAUCCUGAUUUGAGGUUGAGGGGUCACAAUUCUGAAGGAUAUGGUUUAUCUUGGAGCCCUUUCAAGCAAGGCCAUUUACUGAGUGGUUCUGAUGAUGCUCAAAUGUGCCUUUGGGACAUUAAUGUAACUCCUAAAAAUAAGGUUCUUGAUGCUCAUCGGGUUUUUAAGAUUCAUGAAGGUGUUGUUGAAGAUGUUGCUUGGCAUUUGAGGCAUGAACACCUGUUUGGUUCCGUUGGUGAUGAUCAUUAUUUGCUCAUAUGGGAUCUUCGUACACCAACAGCUGACAAGCCAAUUCAACAAGUAGUUGCUCAUCAAGGUGAGGUUAAUUGCUUAGCAUUCAAUCCCUUUAAUGAGUGGGUUGUAGCAACAGGUUCAACUGAUAAAACGGUUAAGUUAUUUGACCUCCGCAAGCUCAGUACUGCUCUUCACACCUUUGACAGUCACAAGGAGGAGGUUUUCCAAGUUGGGUGGAGUCCAAAGAAUGAGACUAUCUUAGCUUCUUGUUGUCUUGGUAGAAGGCUUAUGGUGUGGGACCUUAGCAGGAUUGAUGAGGAGCAAACACCAGAAGAUGCAGAGGAUGGCCCACCAGAGCUACUUUUUAUUCAUGGAGGCCACACCAGCAAGAUCUCCGAUUUUUCUUGGAAUCCUUGCGAGGACUGGGUCAUUGCUAGUGUUGCUGAAGAUAACAUCCUUCAAAUAUGGCAGAUGGCAGAGAACAUCUACCAUGAUGAAGAUGAUUUGCCUGGUGACGAACCACAAAAAGCUCCUUAACCUUCAAAUUCUCAACUCUAAAGCACUAAUUUAUGGAAUGACAAAAAGAUGUGAGACGUUGAUAAAGACAGGUUUAGGCUUCUUUAUAUUUUUGGUGACUUCUGUAAAUGAGGCAUCCUGAAAUGCAGUCUGCGUAUCACUCCUUUUGUUUCUCUAAUGACUAAUUGUAUCUAUUAUCCAUGUUGAAUUGUUUGCCUAUUAUCAACUUAGCUGUUGCAUUUU